AUGGAGCCCGAGUCUCUCACGAAGAGGCAUAAGCUGGGGGCGGUGUCCGGUGUUUACAUCCCGGUCUGCCUCAACAUCCUCAGCAUUCUCAUGUUCUUGAGAUUCGGCUUGAUUCUGGGACAAGUCGGGUUACUUGGCAUAUUGGGUCUCAUGCUCAUCGCAUACACUGUUGACUUCGUUACAACACUCUCACUCUCAGCCAUUGCUUCCAACGGAGAAGUUAAAGGAGGGGGCGCCUACUACUUGAUUUCGAGGUCCCUAGGACCCGAGUUUGGAGGCUCUAUCGGCAUCUUGUUCUACCUAGCGCAGGUGCUAAACACGGCCCUCAAUGUCGUCGGUCUUAUCGACUGCAUCAAGCUGAACCUCGGCGAUACCAUGCCCGACGGGUACUGGUGGGACUAUUUCUUCGGCACCAUGGCUCUGGUGGUCUGCACCGGACUCUGCCUUGCCGGCAGCGCCAUCUUUUCCAAGGCAAGCAACGCUCUGCUGAUUGUCUUGACUAUUUCCACCCUCAGCAUACCUCUCUCCGCACUUGCGAAGCCAGCAUUCAGUGAUCCAGACAGGGGAAUUGAGUUCACAGGAGCCAGCCUGGCCACUCUGAGAUCCAACCUCCUGCCUCACUCCGGCAGCACAGAAUUCAAGGGGUUCGAGACUUUCCGGGACUUGUUUGGCAUCCUGUUCCCCGCAACUUCGGGCAUCUUUGCUGGUGCGUCUAUGUCGGGAGACCUGCGAAACCCCAGUAAGGCCAUUCCGCGGGGCACGCUUUGGGCCAUGCUCUCAACAUUCAUUGUCUACUUGCUCGUCAUCCUCGCGUUGGCAUCGAGCACAACCCAUGCUUCGUUUCUCCUCAACGCCAACAUCAUCCAAGAUACAAACAUAUGGCCCCCGAUCGUCUUUGCCGGAGAACUAGCGACUACGUUCUUCUCUGCCUUGAUGGGCGUCAUUGGGUCCGCGAAGCUCAUGCAGGCUCUUGCUAGAGACAAACUAUUCCCAGGUUUGUCGGUUCUCGGGAAGGGCACAAAGAAGGCAGACGAGCCCAUCAUUGCCAUCUUCCUCACCUACGUCGCCGCACAAAUGGCAAUGUUUGCCAAUCUAAAUCAGAUUGCGACACUUAUAUCCAUGGGAUACCAGAUGACCUUCUUCGUCAUGAACCUUGCGUGUUUCCUCCUCAAGAUUGGGUCUGCCCCCAACUUUCGUCCGGGCUUCAAGUUCUUCAGCUGGCAGACAGCGUUCGUCGGCAGUAUCCUCUCGGCUGCUGCCAUGUUCUUCAUCGAUGAGACGUACGCCACCACUGCCGUCUGUCUCUUGGUCUUCCUCUUCCUCCUCAUUCACUACCUGAGCCCGCCAAAGCACUGGGGCGAUGUUUCCCAGAACCUAAUCUACCACCAAGUGAGGAAGUAUCUUCUGCGGCUGAAGCCAGAGCACAUCAAGUUCUGGAGGCCACAAAUCAUACUCCUUAUCAACAACCCGAGGAGGCAAACUCGACUGAUACAGUUCUGCAACUCUCUGAAAAAAGGAGCGCUUUACAUUCUGGGGCACGUCAUCGUCACCGACGACUUCGCGGCAGGUGUCACAGAGGCGAAGCUACAACAAUCGGCUUGGACCAAGUACAUCUCCGAGUACUCGAGGAUCAAGGCAUUUGUGCAGCUGACCAUGUCUCCCACCAUAACAUGGGGAGUAAGGAAUCUGGUCCUCUCGGCCGGCCUGGGAGGCAUGCGACCAAACAUUGCCAUCAUGGGCUUCUACAACAUGGAUGAUUUGCGCCGCUCCCAACCAGCGUCCCAGAUCCCCGAAGCGCCAGUCUCACCUGUCCCGCCUCAGCAGGGCGAUUCUCAAGCUGGUCCCAAAGUACGAAGGAGGCGUAGGGGGGACACUUCCUCGCGAAUUCUAGAAGGAAUCUUGCCUACCGAUGCCAUCAAAAAUGAAGACAUGAUGUCGGUAACGAGCUACCUCACGAUCCUUGAAGACCUGGCACUGCGGUACCGCUUGAAUGUCGCCAUCGGCAAGGGCUUCGAAACCCUAGAAACGCCUCGGAAAGAUGGGAGCAACACGAAAAAGUACAUUGACCUCUGGCCGAUCCAAAUGUCGGCAUCGCUCACGGCAGAUGGGAAGAACGUUCUCACCACAAACUUUGAUACCUACACGUUGAUUUUGCAAUUGGGGUAUAUCCUCCGCACUGUCCCGGCAUGGAAGAAAGCCUACAGCAUGCGAGUCAUUGUGUUUGUUGAGUACGAGAGCGAGGUCGAGGAAGAACGGGGCCGAGUCAAGGCACUGUUGGAUAAGCUGAGGAUCGAUGCCCAGGUGCUGGUGUUUUAUCUAGCCUCGGGAAGCCUCUCGACGUACGAAACCGUGAUCCACGGCCACUUCACGAACCCGGAAACAGAGAACCUCGUCAACGAGUGCUUGAAGAAGGAGGAGUGGUGGGAAGAUCUGCAAACCUACCGAGGCAGCCGCUCAAUGACUGAUGCACAAGAAUUCGCGUCAAUAGCCCAGGUCAUGGGGUCUACUUCUGGAAGACCAGGGCUGUACAACCCCCACAGUGGCCCUUCCGAGGGCAGGAAUAGGAGGCGGCAUAGUUUGGCGCAACUCCCCGAACUGCCCAAGAAGCCAUCAAUGUCACAGCUGGGCAAAUGGGGCGUGAAUAUGGGGAUCCAUACUCAAAAUCUUCCCCGCAGCGUUUUUGACAGUUCAGACUCGGACCUCGGUCCCGACAGCGAUUCGGACAGCGACUCAUCGGAAACGGAGGCGCAGUUCGCCGAUGUUGACAGCGCUUCCGGGGAAGACGCCUCCCGUCGGCCGCUGUUGACCACUGUUCGCCGGCGAAGGAGCUUUGCUGAUGUAUUCGCCCGUGCAAAGAGCCCUCGGAGAGAGAAGAGAUUGAAGGGAUCGCAGUCGCCAAUGCAAGGCUCCUAUGGAACUAUGCCAGACAAACGCGACGGUAGCGACUCCGGACUAGAACCACCAAGGCACAGCAGAAAGGGGUCAGCAUCGUCGCAAACCCCCCGGGGCAUUCUCAAACCGGAACGGCCGGCACUCUCAAGGCACGGUUCUUCGGCCCCGAGAUUUUCGAGCAACCUAGUUCCCCAGACUACCAUCACAAAUGAGGAUGGCACAGGGCCACGGAUCAUGUUUGCCGAAGCGGAAAUUCGCACUGAGCGGCCUGCCUUAUCUCGCCAGUCGUCGUAUGGACGGGGCACGGGCGCAGAAACUGGCUCCGGCACGACGACUCCAGUCGAUAAGCGAGUGUCGUUCGCAGAGCUAGUACCGGAUUCCAAGUCCCCAGCGAGGUCUCGCAGAAGUUCCAUUUCGAAAGGGUCCGACAGUGGCGGCGAUACCUCGCUCAACAUUCCCGCGCUCUUGGCCUCCUAUCAACUAUCCGAGGACGAUAACAAGGACGGGUCAAGCUAUUCAACGCAGGGGCUGUCGCUUUCUUUCAAUGACCUCCCCAACCGGGCUCAACAUCUCAUCCUGAACGAGCUCAUGCGCCAACACAGCAACGACACAGCCGUGAUGCUGACCACGCUGCCCAUCCCACAGGAGAACACCUGCCAAAGUGAGGAGGCCAGCCUGGUGUAUUUGUCCGACGUCGAGGUUCUCUGUAACGGGCUACCUCCUGUCCUCCUGGUGUUGAGUAACCACAUGACUGUGACUCUAACAAGUGCCACCAGUCGAACCGCUAGCCUUUCGCAGAAGCUCCGCGGUCUAGGCCGGCUGAAGAGCAGGAGUGAAGAUAAACUAGAAAGAGAAUUCGAGCUUGUCCACACCCCCGAUCGGCCCGCGCGGCUCAUCACGCCCAUUGAUGCGCCCACUGAAGACGAGUGCGGUGACGAGAUUGCGCGGUGGCAGCACGCUUCAGCGAAGGAGCGCAUCAGUAGCCUCGCAAGAGGCCAAUACUGGAAGAUAAAUAUGAAUGAGUCAGCCAUUGCCAGCGACAGCGAUGACGACGAGGAUGGGCUCGAUCGUCAUGAUGCCACGAACUUGGUGUACGCUCAGGGGAUGGGACGAGGCCAUAGCCAGCACACAGGACUGCAGUACACCCAACCCCCAAAGCCUGCACCACAGAGAUGGGACGGGCUUUUACCAAGGGAGCCUGAGACACACGAACGCUAUGUAGCACCGUUUUUCCAUGGUAUCGCAAAAGCUUCGCCUGCCCCCUUGUUCUCGGGCACGAUCCGGUCGCCGCCGCCAACAAGUCACCCCCAAAACGCAAGUCCCGCUCUGGCGAUCGCCAGCUCGGAUAACUCAGUCACUGGGCCACGAUAUACCGGAGGUGAGUACACAAACGAGGAGGAUGAUGAAACCUCGGUUGACAUGGAGCAAUUAGUUCGCAUGGAAAUGUACCGCCGCGGUCACUGUCCUUUUUGCCGCAAGUACUUUGGCGAUGGCCCCUUGCCCGUAAAUUGUCCCUACCUAGAUUGUAGGAAGGCUCUCAAGGUGUAUCUGGAGUACCCAAAUCGGAGAUAUGCAGAAAGAGCGCCACCGAGACUUGCGCAGAGAGCGUUCGUCAACACUGGUGCCCCGGGUCCGGUGUUGACAUAUCACCCGACUAUGCCCAACUCCCAAGUCGAGGCUCCCACUCCCACGGAAGAGCAAGAAGAGCCACCGAGUAAUUACAUAUCCCGGCCAACACCCCCGCCAUUCCAGAAGAGACAGGAGUCCCCUUCGCCCUCCAACACCAUCCGCACAAUCUGGCCCGCCACUUUCAUCUAUAACCCAGCACGGCUUAAUAAACCAGAAUACCUGGAAAAACCCCUUCCUCCACCGCCAGCCCGCUCGGAAAGGAGAAAACCGCAUCCUUCCCCCCUCCAACCACAACCGCGGCACGCCACAAAACCGCGCCCCGAGUCCAUCUCAGCCCCGCCUCGAUCCAUUUCACCCCGGCCCGUCCAACCACAACCACGGCGCAGCACCACACCCCGCCCCGAACUCAUCUCAACCCGGCGUGAGUCCUUCUCGGCCCGGCCUGUUGAACCACGGAUGCGGUCUACCACUACACCCCGUCCCGAUUGCGUCUCAGCCCGCCGGAAGUCCUUCUCAGCCCCACCCCUCCAACCACAGCCACGGCACACCACCACACCCCGCCCCGAAUUCAGCUCAACCAGACGUGAGUCCUUCUCGGCCCGCCGCGAGUCGAUCUUAGCCCGGCCGGCCGAAUCACAACCACGGCCCAUCGCUACACCCCGCCCCGAGUCCUUCUCGGACCGCCGCAAGUCCAUCUUAGCCCGGCCGGUCGAACCACAGCCGCGGUCCACCACUACGCCCCGGCCCGAGUCCAUUUCAGCGCGCCGGGAGUCCUUCUCAGCCCGCCGUGAAUUCAUCUUAGCACGGGCCAUCCAACCACAACCGAGGUUUAACGCUACACCGCGCCCCGAGUCCAUCUCAGCGCGCCGCGAGUCCUUCUCAGCCCGCCGUGAGUCCUUCUCAAGCCGCCGCAGAUCCGUCUCAGCCCAGCCCCGAUCCAUCUCGACCCGCCACCAGCAGCUCUACGGCCCCCAACAGCCCUGCACCUACCAGCAGGCCUCCACCCACGAGCAGCCCCAGCCCCGGACCUCGUAUCUCCGCACCCGCCGCGCCUCCCUCUCUUCGGCCUCCCCUAUCCAACUACUCCCCUCGUCAAUCUCACCCAACAACAUCAGCACCAAGCCGAACCCCACUCCGCGCAUCGCAGCGACAGCGCUGCGGUAUAGGAGUAAGGAAAGAGGCAGGGACACGGACGUUAACAAGGGCAGAAACAUGAGCAGGGACAGAGAUUUGGGUAGGCACGUGGACGGGGGUAGAGACGUGGACAGAGGCAGAGAGGUGAACAGAAGAAGCAGAGACUGGACGACCAGACAAACAAACACGGACAGGGCCAGGUACAUGGGUCUGGACAGAGGUAGAGACGGGUAUGCCAACAACAGGGGCGGGGACCGAGCCACGGACCAAGCCCAAGAUAGAGCAGACAAGACGAGGAAGAGGCGGUCGACACACGGUGAUUUGGUGCAGGAUGCCGACUUUCUGACGUGGAAAGGGCCGGCCGGGCGGGUGAGGUUUCAGCGGGAGACAGCCAAGAGUGGCGGGGACGAUGCGGAGCUGUUUAUGGAUAUCAUUGGGGACUAUGAGAGUGAGAGGGAGGAGGAGAGGGGGAGGGGGCGGAGGUGGGUUUAG